CAUCCCCUAUCAUGAGGCAGGAAGGGACUGUCAUGGCCCUUAAUAUUCCCUAUUAAAGGAGGCACUAUUGUGGUAGUAUCUUAUUCGCAACCUGAUUUGAGUUGUUUAUAGCCAGUUUCUCUAAGUGAACCAUUUACAUUUCAGAGGACGCUGAGCUGUACCUACUCUUGCCGGACUGCUUGGUAGUUGCAGUGGACACUCAAUAAACGAAAUGGCUUCGGCUAGAGUUGGGACGCAAGUUCCUCAUAAGCUGCUUACAAAUCCUGAAGAACUAUCUGCCAUCUACAAGGAAUACAGUGUAUUCCCUACCCUUUCCAAAGCAUGUGUUGGGCCUGAAGUCACUUCACAGUAUGGUGGGAAGUACUGCAACAUCUACACAGAGUGGACUCAGCGAGACUUGGAACGCAAAGAACAUGUGAAAUUCUGCCGACAGUACAUCACUUUCUAUGACAAUAAAUCGGUGGUUUACUCUGGCCCAUCAGGAAACUGUACAGAAAUUAAAGGAGAGUUACUAAGCAGUGAGUCACGCUCUGGAGCCCUAAAAGCUGUUGUUAGAGAGGUAACGAGCAAUACAGAAAAGAAGCACUUUUUGGAAAUAUGGAGUCGUAACUGUAAGAUUAAAAGCAUAGACCUGACAGCAUUAGAAAAACAUGGCAAGGUCUAUGAGGAUGAUGAGUUUGGAUGUCUUGUGUGGUCUCAUUCGGAGACUCAUAUCCUAUAUGUGGCUGAGAAAAAAUGUUGUAAAACUGAAUCCUUCUUCCAAACCAAACCUCCUGAACUCAGUAGUGUGGAGGAAGAGGAGGAGUGCAUGAGGCCAGACAAAAAAGUUAAACCAAUAAAAGGAGAUCAGUUUGUAUUUUAUGAAGACUGGGGUGAGACCUUGGUGAAAAAAAGCAUUCCUGUACUGUGCGUAUUGGACAUCGAGAGCAACAACAUCUCUGUACUGGAAGGAAUCCCUGAUCACAUCUCCCCAGGGCAGGCGUUCUGGGCUCCUGGAGACACUGGCAUUGUUUUUAUAGGAAAAUGGCAUGAUCCUUUCAGACUGGGGUCAAAACUUUGCACAAACAGAAGAUCUGCUUUGUUUUAUGUUGACCUGACUGGAGGGAAUUGUGAACUUUUGUCAUCAGAUGUGAAUGCUGUCCGUUCUCCUAGACUUAGCCCUGACUUUUGUCGCAUUGUCUACUUGGAGGAAGAUGCUCUUGGACCACAUCGUGAGUGUGCUCGACUUUGCAUGUACGAUUGGUACACAAAAAAGACCUCUGUUGUGCUGGAAACUAUACACAGACCUAGGGAAGAUGGCUUUACAGGCAUUUUCUCUUUAACCCUGCCAAUGUAUUGCUGGUCUUCAGAUAGCGAAAGAGUUGUUCUUGACACAAAUCAGCGGAGCAGGCAGGUGCUGUUAGAAGUGAAUAUUACAUCAGGAGCAGUGAAGUGUCUCACAAAAGAAUUAGCUGAAGGAAGCUGGACAUUGUUGACCAUAGACAGAGACCUCAUGGUUGUCCGUUAUUCUUCUCCAAACUGUCCUCCUAACCUGAAAGUUGGGUUCCUGCCAUCUGCUGGUAAAGAAGAAGAAAUUAGCUGGGUCUCGCUUGAGAAGGUUGAACCAUUCUCUGACAUUGAGUGGAAAAUCAUCUCGCUUACACCACCUUCUGAGCACGAAAAUGUUAAAUAUCCCGGACUGGAUUUUGAAGCUAUUCUCCUGAAACCAACGAAUGUUCAUGAAGGGUCUUAUGUUCCUUUAAUCGUCUCUCCUCACGGAGGACCACAUAGUGCAUUUGUGACAGAGUGGAUGCUUCGCUAUGCCUUUUUCUGUCGUAUUGGUUUUGCAGUCCUGUUGGUAAACUACCGAGGCUCCACUGGGUUUGGGCAAGACAGCAUUCUUUCACUACCUGGUAACGUUGGGAAGCAGGAUGUACUGGAUGUACAGUAUGCUGUAGAGUACAUUUUAAAACCUGAAGCAAUUGAUGCAGAGAAAAUCGCAGUAGCUGGUGGGUCACAUGGUGGCUUUCUGUCCUGCCACUUGAUCGGUCAGUUCCCAGAAUUCUACAAAGCAUGUGUGUCUCGGAAUCCAGUCAUCAAUAUUGCAACUAUGUUUGGAACUACUGAUAUCCCUGACUGGACUGUAGUUGAAGCGGGAUUCGAGUACAAAGCUGACAGUGUCCUCAGUUCCUCUGAUUGGAGUGAAAUGCUGAAAAAAUCUCCAAUUGUGUAUGCUUCUCAGGUCAAAACACCAGUUUUGUUAGCGCUUGGUGAAAAUGAUAGACGAGUACCUUGUCAUCAGGGGAUUGAAUUUUAUCGAAUACUGAAGGCCAGAGGAGUUCCAGUACGGUUACUGUGGUAUCCUGGUAGUAACCAUGCCCUUGCAGAUGUAGAUGCGGAAGCAGACUGUGUUAUGAACCAAGCUCUCUGGAUCAUUCAACAUCUGAAAUGCUGACAGUGACUGACCUGUAGAUCAGUCCACGUCUCUGUUGUUUUAUUGUAAUCUUUUACAGCUAGGAUAAUUAUUAAACAUCUUUUUUUCUUAUCGAAUCAUAUUUUAUGUAGAAAUUCCCAAAAUGUUUGUAGCAAAUUGUUUUUAAUCACUGCAUUGAGGCAACUAAUUAAAAUGUUAAAUGUU